AUGACGGACACCACGGAGGAUAUGUUGCCGGAGGUGUCGACGGUGGCGUCGGCUCCUCACCGUACUCCAACGCCUGAACUCCAUGCGACGUACACGACUUUCGAAAUUUUGGUGGCACUGGUGGCAGUCGUGGGGAACGCUAUGGUGAUCUAUGUGUUCCGUCGUGAGCGCAGACUGCGACGACGCACUAACUAUUACAUUGUGUCUUUGGCCGUGGCAGACUUCUUGGUCGGUCUGUUUGGAAUACCGUUUGCGAUCCUGGCAUCAGUGGGUCAGCCACGAAACUUGCACGCGUGUUUAUUCACUGUUUCAUUGUUAGUGAUGCUGUGCACUAUUAGUAUCUUUUGUUUGGUGGGUGUUUCGGUGGAUCGUUACUGGGCUAUCCUGCACCCGAUGUGUUACUCAAGGAAUGUGCGCACUAGGACAGCUAUUGUACCUACCUAUAAGUCUCUGGAUCAGUCGAGAACAAAACUGCACUAA